AUGGGUGCCUCAACAACAGACAAGCGUGAUAUUUAUUACCGCCAGUCCAAAACAGACGGGUACCGGGCUCGGUCGGCUUACAAGCUGCUGCACCUGGACGAGAUAUACUCGCUCUUCCACUGCGAUAGCUACGCGAUGGACCGCUCUAAGGCGCCGACGAGAGUCGUUGACCUUUGCGCAGCGCCUGGCUCAUGGUCGCAAGUCCUGACGCAAAAACUACCACCGGGAUCUCGCAUUGUCGCUGUAGAUCUGCAGCCUAUGGCGCCAAUACCCGGUGUGAUCAACAUUCUCGGAGACAUCACACGGCAGGAGACGGCAGAUGCUGUCGUUCAGGCUCUGCGGAGCGACAAGCCUUCCGCAAACGAUGAAGAAGGUCUCGCCCAACUCAUCGUAUGCGAUGGUGCACCAGAUGUGACAGGUGUCCACGACUUGGACGAGUACCUACACGCCCAGCUUAUGCUCGCCGCCACGCAGAUUACUCUGCGCCUGCUCGAGGUCGGCGGAACUUUCAUCGCCAAGAUCUUCACCCAGCGAUCAAAAGGCAACACGUCGAGCAUGGACGAAUCUGGCAACCUUCUCACGCUCCAGUUUCAACAGUGGUUCGAGCAUGUGGAUAUCGUCAAGCCACGGAGCAGCCGUCCUACCAGCGUAGAGCAUUUCUUGGUGUGUCGCAACUUUCGACCUCCUUUUGACAAAGGCUUCGACCGCAAGAGGACGGCUGCACUCCUCGACUUUGGUGGCCUGCGAAACGUCCCGCAGGAUGAAGUAACCUCCCUUCCGGUUGAAAUGCAAAAGAUCCUUGGCAUGACUGCUUGCGGAGACUUGUCGGCAUGGGACGCCAAAUAA